AUGGCGAACGGUAACAGCACCGCGCCGGCCAGCGGCAGCGCCGAAUUCAGCCAGCCCGCUUAUGAUAAACAGAAGAUCCUCCUGUCGACGGACCCUGGCCACUUUUCUCUUGUUCGCGCCCUGCACCUGGCCGACUUCAUCACGGAGCUCAACGGCCUUUGCGGCAUCCUCUCCAUCUUCUCCUCGCUGCGGUACUGCAUUGACCCGACAUCCCGCUUUAACCUGUGGAUCGCCCUGGCGCUUCUCCCGCUCGGCCUCUUCUUCGACGCCAUGGACGGCAAGGUCGCCCGGUGGCGCAAGAAGAGCAGCAUGAUGGGCCAGGAGCUCGAUUCGCUGGCCGACCUCAUUUCCUUUGGCGUGGCCCCGGCCGCCGUCGCCUUCUCCAUUGGCAUUCGCUCGACCGUCGACCACGUCAUGCUCGCCUUCUUUGUGCUCUGCGGCCUUACCCGCCUUGCCCGCUUCAAUGUUACCACCGCCGUCAUCCCCAAGGACAAGUCUGGCAAGGCCUCGUACUUUGAGGGCACGCCCAUCCCAACGAGCCUGGGCCUCGAUGCAAUUAUGGCCUACUGGAUCAGCCAAGACUGGAUCCUGGACAACCUCCCGUUGGGCGCGUGGUUUGAGGGCACGGCAUUUGAGCUGCAUCCGAUUGCGCUGCUGUUUGUGGUGCACGGCUGUCUGAUGACCAGCAAGACGAUCCACAUUCCGAAGCCGUAA